AAAAAAGACUUGUUGAUGAGCAACAAUGAAGAGUAGCUCUCUUUUCCGAGGACUGAAUCCGAAUCCAGUUCCAGUUUGAGAAAGGAUUCAAUCGCAAAGUGAGUGAGUGUUCUUCAAUUCAACGAAUCAAUGCGAUUCAAUCAUCAAUGAAGUGCAGAUCCGUAGCGUGCAUAUGGUCACGCACACCAUUCCCUUACCAACACCGUGUCACCGCCGUCGCCGCCUUCACCCAACCACCGUCUCCCACCUUUUACACCGCCGGAUCCGAUGGCUCCAUCAUCUGGUGGACCCUCUCCCUUUCCUCUCCCACCCCGCAAGUUAAAGCUGUGGGUGUGUUGUGUGGUCACGCUGCACCCAUCACUGAUCUUGGGCUAUGCAGUCCCAUAGAUGCAGAAGAAACCGGUUGUGGAAGCAGUUUCACUGCGUUGAUAAGUGCUUGUUCUGAUGGGUUUUUGUGCGUGUGGAGUAGAAGCAGUGGGCAUUGCCGUUGCCGGAGAAAGUUGCCGCCGUGGGUCGGCACUCCUCUGAUAAUUCGAACUCUGCCUUCAACACCAAGGUAUGUGUGUAUAGCUUGCUCUUUUGUGGAUGGAAAUGAAGAUUUAGUGGAUAGAGAAGCUCAGCAUAGGAAGCCAACUAAAUGUACUAUCCUUGUUGUGGACACAUAUUCACUUUCCAUUACUCAAACUGUGUUUCAUGGGAAUCUAUCUAUUGGUCCUAUCAAGUUUAUGGAAGUGGUGUUUGAUGAUGAGAAGAGGAAUUCAGUGUUAGUGGCUGAUUCAGCUGGGAAUCAACAGAUGGUUGCGAUAUCGGAGGACCCUCUUGAUGGUGGGGAAAGCAUGGCAAGUUCGCGCCGUGAUAAAUCUCAGUUAGAAAGUUCUUUUAGGUAUGAGGGAUUCAGUGGUGCGGAUCAAAUUGUUUCGGUUUUAACCUAUGGGAAUAUUGUUGCUUAUGUCUUGAAUAAUUGUUGCAUUUUUAAGUCGUUGUCUAGUGAUAGUACAAUUGGAGAGGUUUCUUUUGCGGACAGUCUCUUGUGUUUAGGUGAUGGGGAUUCUACUCAAUCACAUGCUGUUGGUGGCAUUUUUCUUGAUGAUAUAGGGAAUGUGGCCAAUGCCCAUGAGUUUGGUGACUUGAUUCCAGUACAUUUUGUUGUGUGGAAUAGUAGAGGUUGUGCAAUUAUCUAUAAAAUAUUGUAUGAGAAUGAUGUUUUUCAAUGUGAACCUCAUGCUGAGAUUCCUGCUACUCAUGAUCAGCCUGAUAUGAGGUCAUCUAUUUGUUUUCUACAAGUUAAUCAACAUCUUGUGUGCAUCAAGUCAAUUUGCUUUCAUUAUGAGGAACCUUUACUAUGGAGACCACAUGUCACAAUCUGGUCACUGCUUCACUUUGAUGAUAAUCCAGGUAAAUUGUACCGUCAGUGCAGAAUGAUCAGUGAUGGAUCUUUCAACAACUGGUUUGAGAAAUCAACUCAACUCAAGAGUCUGGAUGAUAUUGAGACUACAUCAACUUUUGCUGCAAGUCCGAGUUCUGAUGACAUAGACAAUAUACAUGUGGAUAGCAUGACUAGUUAUUAUGCUUCCAAGGGGCAGAUAGUUUCUUCUUCCAUGAUUAUCUCUGAGAACCUCUUUACUCCUUAUGCUGUUGUAUUUGGAUUUUUAAGUGGAGACAUAGAAGCUGUGAGGUUUGAUCCAUUUCAAGGGAUUUUCUUGGAUGGUGCAGGUUCCAAUCCUGAUGAAAAGUCAGCUGCAUACAAACAGCAAUUCUUGGGACAUAAAGGUGCUGUACUUUGUUUGGCAGCACAUCAAAUAUUGGGCAGUACUAAAAGUUGUACUUUUAAACGGGUUUUGGUGUCUGGAAGUACAGAUUGCACAGUUCGUAUAUGGAAUCUUGACACUGGCAGUCUUAUUACGGUAAUGCAUCAUCAUGUGGCUGCUGUGCGUCAAAUUAUUCUUCCCCCAUCUUUGACUGGACAUCCUUGGAAUGACUGCUUUCUUUCAGUUGGAGAGGAUGCAUGUGUCACUCUUGUUUCUCUUGAGACUCAGCGGGUGGAGAGAAUGUUUCCUGGACACAUGAACUAUCCUUCGAAAGUUUUAUGGGAUGGAGCAAGAGGUUAUAUUGCGUGCCUCUGUCAAACACAUUAUGGAACUUCUGAUGGUGAUGUAUUAUACAUCUGGGAUGUAAAGACAGGUUCCCGCGAGCGAGUUCUACGUGGGACAGCUGCACAUUCAAUGUUUGAUCAUUUUUGUAAAAGCAUCAGCAUGAAUUCCAUAUCUGGCUCACUGCUGAAUGGAAAUACAUCAGUCUCUUCAUUACUUCUUCCAAUCGUUGAUGAUGCAAGGCUCUCCAACUCCUCCUUAAGUCCGUCAGAGAAGUUGCUUACUUCAUCAAGGUCAUCACCAAGUAUUUCAAACAUGACUGAGCUUAGAUCUUCCAAAGCAAAUGCAGGUGUAGAAAAUUCAUCAAAGCCAAAUUCGUCCUCCCUGUUUGGUCUCUUGAGUAACAAGCUUCCAAUCAAAUGCUCUUGCCCAUUACCUGGUGUUGUGUCUCUGAGUUUUGAUCUCGCAUCAUUGAUGUUCUCUUUUAAAAUGAAUGAGUCCACACAGAAUGGUGAUGGCAAGCCGGUUAAUAUCAACUUGGAGCAACAGGGAAUUCCGGAGCAAAACCCCAGCCACCAUAAUCCUGAAACUAUAGAGGGGCGUGACUGGGUUAGCCUAUUUGAAGAAUACUUACUUCGAUACAGCUUGUCAUUUUUACAUUUGUGGAGUGUAGAUAGUGAGCUUGAUAAUUUGCUGAUAAAUGAUAUGAAACUGAGGAGACCAGAAAAUUUUAUAGUCGCUUCAGGUAUUCAAGGAGAUAAAGGAUCACUGACAUUGGCAUUUCCUGAUGCUACUCUUGAGCUCUGGAAAUCUUCAUCUGAGUUUUGUGCAAUGAGAUCAUUGACGAUGGUAUCCCUUGCUCAACGUUUAAUUAGCUUGUCUCACUCUGGUUCAGCAGCCAGCAGUGCUUUAGCAGCAUUUUAUACCCGGAAUUUCAUUGAAAAUUUUCCAGAUCUGAAGCCACCUUCAUUGCAGCUCUUGGUGGCUUUUUGGCAAGAUGAAAGUGAACAUGUACGUAUGGCCGCACGCUCUAUAUUUCAUUGUGCUGCCUCUCAUGCUAUUCCACUACCUCUGCGAAAUUCAAAACCUAUUGAGUCUACUAAUAUGAGCUCCCAAGUGGGAAGUGAUAACAAACACAUGGGAGAUAUGACAGUACAAAGCAUAUCUCCUAAGGAAGAAAAGCAAGGGAUUUCCCAAGAUGAGGAAUCCAAAAUACUUGCUUGGCUUGAAUCAUUUGAAGUGCAAGAUUGGAUUUCUUGUGUUGGUGGAACAAGUCAAGAUGCAAUGACAUCUCAUAUUGUUGUUGCUUCUGCAUUGUCUAUCUGGUACCCUAGUCUUGUAAAGCCAAGUCUUUCUACAUUAGUUGUUCAUCCAUUAAUGAAGUUGGCUAUGGCAAUGAGUGAGAAGUACAGCUCCACUGCUGCUGAGCUCCUUUCAGAGGGCAUGGAGGGUACAUGGAAGGAAUGCAUUGCCUCUGAGAUUCCUCAUCUGAUUGGGGAUAUUUUUUUCCAAGUAGAGUUGAGUGGCCCAUCAUCCAAGUCAAUGACAGAAGUUCCAGUGGCAUCUUUUGCUAUUAAGAAGACAUUAGUGGAGGUUCUUCUUCCAAGUUUAGCUAUGGCUGAUAUACCAGGUUUUUUGACUGUGAUAGAAAGCCAAAUUUGGUCAACUGCAUCUGAUUCACCUGUCCACUUGGUGUCCUUGUUGACUCUUAUAAGGAUCAUGCGUGGUUCUCCAAGAAAUUUGGCACAGUACCUUGACAAGGUUGUCAACUACAUUUUACAGACUUUAGAUCCUAGCAAUUCAGUUAUGCGGAAGGCGUGUUUUCAGAGUUCGAUGACAACUCUCAAAGAAGUUGUACGUGUAUAUCCUAUGGUUGCUGUCAAUGAGUCAUGGACAAGACUGGCAGUUGGAGAUGUGAUUGGAGAAGUUAGCAAUGCAAGCAUUAGGGUUUAUGAUAUGCAAAGUGUCACGAUGAUAAAGGUUUUGGAUGCAAGUGGGCCUCCUGGACUACCAAGUUUGCUAACAGCAGCAACAUCAGGAACAGUGUUAGCUACUGCAAUUUCAGCACUAAGCUUUUCGCCAGAUGGAGAGGGGCUGGUUGCUUUUUCGGAACAUGGGCUUAUGAUUAGAUGGUGGUCACUGGGAUCUAUCUGGUGGGAGAAACUGAGCAGAAACUUUGUUCCUGUCCAGUGCACCAAACUAAUCUUUGUUCCUCCUUGGGAGGGAUUCUCACCUAAUUCAUCCAGGUCAAGCAUAAUGGCCAACAUUUUAGAAACAGAUAAGCAGUUGAACUUUGAGGAUGAUUCGAGGGAUUCAAAUCAUGGCGACAGUUUGAAACAAUUGCUUCAUAAUCUGGACCUUUCUUAUCGAUUAGAAUGGGUUAGUGAUCGGAAGGUAUUUCUUACAAGGCAUAGUCAUGAAUUGGGCACUUUUCAGUUAUAAGGAUCAACUAGUGGCUGAUUCUCUGAACAUCUUGCUGGAAAGUCUCAGUGAUUUCACAAUUUUAGUUGAGGCUUUAUCAUGAAACGAGCCUUUAGUGUGUGUAGCAGCCUUUAGCGUGUGUAGCAGCCGAUCAAACAAGCAAAAGAGGAUUCAUUUUUAGUCAGCUCAUACUAGCAUACUAGUUGAAGAGGUAUUCAUUGGAUUGCUUAAAAUUAGACACCCCAUUUGUGAGGAUUGAUUAAGAGAUCAGCAUUCAGCGCAGAUGGAUUCAGUUCCACUAUUGGUGAAGGAUUUUGGUGAUUCUCUCAGGAGGUCUUACAAAAAGAGAUGUUUUGCAUGGUUUCAAGAGCCAAUUGGAUGUCUUAGUGCAUCUAGAAAUAAAUUUGGCUAUGCUUUUGAUUAGAAUACUGGGAAAAGGAAGAAGGUUGGCUUACAGUAUAGGAGCUUUUAGCAACAUAUUUAUGGUUAGGGGUCAAAUAAUCAGAGUGAUUCAAAAUGAGUAACCACUCUUGGACUAUUUGGUCACUAUCUGUAAAUAAGUUAACUAGUUUCUCAAGUCCCCAAAGAAUAACGGGGAAAUACAUGUCUCAAUAGUUAGUUCUCGGCUUGUGCAGUUUUUUGAAAAUAUAUCAUUGGAGAAAUUUAUGUUGAUCUUUUCUGAAUUUUACCAAAGUUAUAUAAUUUUAUCGUGGUUACAAUUGUA